AUGGCUCAGCAAGACAAGGUAAUGCUUUCCGACAAAGAAGUCAAGCUGUUUCUGGGCAUUAAGUUCAUUACGGAGUCCUGCAUACUUCUGAACCUCUCUUACCAGACAAGAUACAAGGCACUAGUAUUACUCUACAACUUCUGCGAGGAGAUAGACCUCGUAGGCUUGUGCACUGCUUCCAUCCUGCUAGCCUCCAAGUUAGAGGAGGAGGUCUGCACUCUGAAGAGAGUAAUAUGUGUGUUUAAUUAUCUGCACACAAGAUACGAGUCGGAGGCAGCUCCGUUGACCAAUAGACUGUCGAUCAGGCUCAAGGAGGGCUGUAUACUUGCCGAGACACAGAUACUGAGGUCGUUAGGGUUUGACAUGUCAUUUGAAGAUGUGUAUGGCGACUUCAUUGGGUUCCUUCAGACGGUGAAUCUCCCCCCGGGUCUUAUAGACAGGGCCAUUCGACUGUUCAACACGCUGAUUCAAUGGCCCGAGGUAAGAAAGCUGGACUCCAGGUCACUAGUGAUGGCCGCGAUAGAGUCCCUUUUCGGUAGAAAUGAGGAGUUUCAGAACUUCCUUACAAAGUAUGGCGCAUUUCAAAAGAGGAAGUUUGAUACAAGGACAUAUAGGGAAAUACCCGCUGUGAAGGACAUAGAUGAAAGCCUAAUCAGAAGCUUUGUCAAGAGGCAGAAGCGCAAAUAG